AUGACGCCAGCAGAUCAGGAAAGCAACAAGCGCCCAUUAGAGAAUAAUGCUUCUGUGGAUCAUGAGGAAGAAGAAGAAAUCGGACCAAUGAUGCCGCCACCACCCACUGCCGAACAACCGCGUAAAAAGAAGAGAGUGCUUGCCCACGAAAAGCUUUACUUGUCGCACCUUCCAACCGCGGACAUGUAUGAGAAAAGCUAUAUGCAUCGCGAUACGCUUGGUCAUGUAGUGGCAUCAGCAAAAAAUGACUUUAUCAUUACGACGUCGGUUGAUGGUCAUUUAAAAUUCUGGAAGAAAACGGCCAACAAUAUCGAAUUCGUCAAGCACUAUCGCGCCCAUAUGGAUAGAAUCAAUGGAUUGAGUAUCUCAGCUGAUGGUGAACUACUGGCAACGAUCUCGGACGAUAUGACUAUGAAAGUGUUUGACGUGACAAAUUUUGAUAUGAUUAAUAUGAUCAAGCUUGGUUAUAAACCGAACAGCGUGUGUUGGAUUCAUCAGCAAGGUCAAGCACAAGCACUUGUAGCGGUAUCCGAAGCAGAUAGCCCCAAGAUUCACCUGUACGAUGGUCGAGCGGAAGGAAAGCCUAUACACACAAUUAGCAACUUACAUUCAAAUCCAGUACAUUUAAUUGCGUUCAACUGGCAAUUUAAUUGUGUUGUUUCUGUGGAUACGCAAGGCAUGGUCGAGUAUUGGUCUCCGGAAGAUCCUUUUGAUCUGCCCAAAUCUGUCGCGUUCGAGUUGAAAUCGGAAACAGACUUAUAUGAGUUUAGAAAGAGUAAAUCGACGCCUACAUCUUUGACAUUCUCAAACGACGGCUUGCAAUUUGUCACAAUGAGCUUUCCUGACCGACAAGUGCGUGUUUUUAAGUUUUUAACUGGUAAAAUGUAUCGAAAAUACGACGAAAGCAUUCAAGUUAUCAGCGAAAUGCAGCAAGCGGGUACUGCGAUACACAAAGUGGAUGACAUGGAGUUUGGACGUCGACUAGCAGUCGAGCGAGAACUGGAGAAAUCCGCAGCAGCAAGUUUUGUCAAUGCAGUAUUCGACGAGAGCAACAAUUUUAUAGUAUACGCGACAUUAUUGGGCAUCAAAAUUGUGAAUAUCCUUACAAACAAGGUCGCAAGGCUUAUCGGAAAGUCAGAAACUCACCGAUUCUUAAAUGUUGCAUUGUAUCAAGGCGCACCAAAGAAGAAAGGUGUCUAUACCUUAGCAAUGGCGGCUUCUGAUAAUGCAACGCUCAAAGAAAGUGAAAUGGUGGAUCCAACAUUGCUGUGUACUGCUUUCAAAAGAAAUCGAUUUUUCAUGUUUACACGACGGGAGCCAUAUGAUGACGAGGGCCAAAAAGGUGAUCGUGAUGUAUUUAACGAAAAGCCAUCUCGAGAAGAACAAACAGUUGCAGGUACUCAGGAACGCAAACAAAUUCUGGGUACACAUGCAAUUCUCAGAACCACUUCGGGCGACAUCCAUAUUCGCUUGCUGCCUGACGUUGCGCCCAAAGCAGUAGAAAACUUUGUGACGCACGCGAAGAACGGUUACUACGACAAUCUCAUUUUCCAUCGUGUGAUUAAAGGAUUCAUGAUACAGACGGGCUGCCCUUUUGGGGAUGGCACUGGCGGAGAAUCGAUAUGGGGUGAUGACUUUGAGGACGAGAUCACAAGGGAGGUACGGCAUGAUCGACCUUACACCGUUAGCAUGGCGAAUGCGGGCCCAAAUACGAAUGGCAGUCAAUUCUUUAUCACCGUUGUGCCUACACCUUGGUUGGACAACAAGCAUACCAUCUUUGGAAGAGCAACGGCGGGAAUGGAUGUAGUGCAUGAAAUUGAGCACGUCAGGGUAGAUAAAAAUGACAAACCACAUGAGGAUGUCAAAAUCAUCAAUAUUGAAAUACGAUAA